GUGCAGAGCUGCAGACCGAGUUCAGGCGCUGUUGCCAGCUGUCGCGCUCGGCAUUGCUCCACGACACGCACACACGUAACCACAUCCGUACGGCGUGCAUCCAACCACCCAAUUCCAUAUCCAACUCCCCUUUCACUGGUAGACAGCAAGGCAGACCCGGUGGAGACGUCCACUUUACUCAUUCUCCUAACGGGACACAACAGACUCCAUCGCUCUAACGGGAGUAGUGACCCCCUGUAUGUUGAGGACUGUACAGUGCAGACCACCAGCACUACCAGCAGCAGCACCAUGGCAACCAAGAGACCAGGGGAGAGGACCUCUUCGGCAGCAGGACCCACAGACACCAGGCAGUCUGGAGCAGAGAUACAGGAGACACUGGUAUACAUGCAGUGCUGUGGGCAGGAAGCCCCUAACAUGACAGAGAGCAACGGCCAUAGGAACAUUAUGAGUAGGCACCAUCAGGUACCGGUCUUCGUGCCCCGGGGGAGGACUGAGGCGGGCUGGACCCACCCUGCGGCUCCUCAGCAGACUACAACUCCCACAAUGCCCUCCUGCCCUGUGUCUGCCCCAUACAGUUUCCGGAGCCCAGGGUCGGUGGAGAUGGAUGAGAUCAUGGCAGCCAUGGUUCUGACCAGUAUGUCCUGCAGCCCUGUGGUCCAGAGCUCUCCUCAGGGUCAGAAUGACCCUGUACCAGGUUCAUCAUCAGGGGGCGGAGACAUGGAGUGUGGGGGCGGAGACAUGGAGUGUGGGGGCGGAGACAUGGAGUGUGGGGGUGGGGAUCUGUCAGACAGCGGCAGCAGUGGCUACUGGAGCUGGGACCACGACAACGUUAGUCCCGCCCUGUCCCUGUCCGUCAUCGAGAUGGACAGCAGCCCCGACGAAGGACUGCACACGGAGCUGGAGCAGGGUGUGGAGCUAAAUGUAGCCAAGAGGUCAAAGAGUUCUUUCAGAGGAGCGUACAGGUGUCUGUGGCCCAGCUGUGGCAAGGUGCUCACGUCUUCAGUUGGUAUGAAGAGACAUGUCCGUGUGAUGCACCUGGGCAGCGGAUCGGAGCAGUCCCACAGAGAGGAGGAUUUCUACUACACUAAGUUCUCCUGCAAAGCUCCACCAGCCCUCGUCCCGGCCUUGUCCUCUCACGUCCCAUGGGCAUCCUGUGGCUCCCCUCCAGACCCUGGUCCUGGUCCAGGUUCCUGUCUGCAGAUCCCCUCCUCACCCUCGUCCUCACCCUCAGGGUCAGGCAGCUCCAGGCCCAGCUCAGGCACAGGGUCAACCCCAGGGUCAGCUCCAGACCAGCCCAGCCCUCUCAGCCAGUCUGCCCCCAGUUCAUUUUGGCAGACAGAUCACCCGUAUCAGGCCUGCACUCCCCUCCAGGUGACGGUGUCCUGUCACAACUCCGCCCCCUGUUGUUGGACCCCUCCCCCUCUCACCGUCUCUAACCAGCACAGUCACCACAACUCUCAGGUGGUGAGGGGUCGCUGCAGGUCCUGUCCUCGAGUGAAGGGACGAGGGGAGGCUAAGAAGUGUCGUAAGGUGUACGGAGUGGAGCACAAGGAGCAGUGGUGCACGGCCUGUCGCUGGAAGAAAGCGUGCCAGCGCUUCACAGACUAAACGAGGGCGCGAACGACGGAUGAUGGAAAAAAGAGAGACUUGGGAGAAAUGAGAGAGGCCACGAUCACAACCAGGGCCUGUUAGCCAGCAAGAACAACUGUUUUUCUCUACCUUGUCCCCCCCUCAAGGAAUAACCACGAUCACAACCAGGGCCUGUUAGCCAGCAAGAACAACUGUUUUUCUCUACCUUGUCCCCCCUCAAGGAAUAACCACGAUCACAACCAGGGCCUGUU